AUAGAUUUCUCCUCUCACAAAAUUGAACUGACAGCAAUCAAAGCAUAACAACAACAUCAACAACAUUAUCAACACGUCUUCAACGUAUUCUCAGAAAAAGAAAUCAAAGCAAUUCUCAACCAAAUUCAAAACUUCACCCACCAUGAACAUCAGAUUCCAUCAUUUGGCGUUGGCCGCCAUGGGCACAACCGGUGCACAAGCCUUUUCACCUCAGAGCCCUCCCUCUUUUGCGCAUCGCACCCUAUCACUGCAGGCUGUGGCCACAAUUGGUCCACCAACAAACAGUAUAUUGACCUCGAAUGUCAAUCAAAACGCAGAAUUUCCUUCUCCCCUGGGGCCCAUGGAUCGGUUCAAGCGUGCAGGCAAAUUUUGGGCUACAUCAGUCCCUAUUGUGGCCGACUACUACGGCUUGAUGAGCCGCAUCAAACUCAAGGAGACCUUGACAGGACAUGCAUUGGAAGAGUCCGAAAUGGAGCGGCUAUGGCAUGAUCAGCAUGCCGAUGGUGCCACUAAGAUGAAAAACACAAUCAACGACCUGAAAGGAUUCUACGUCAAGGCAGCCCAAAUUGUGGGAGCUAGGGCUGACUUGUUCCCUUCAGAAUACACAGAAGCCCUGAUGUCGUUUCAAGAAAAUGUCGAUCCCAUGCCAACCUCCUUGGCCAGAGCCGUUGUCGAGAAGGAGUUGCUAACUGAUGGCCAAACCUUUGAGGACGUAUUUAGCGAAUUUGAUGAAAUACCACUCGGAUCUGCCAGUGUGGCACAAGUCCACCGCGCCGUCUUGACGGAAGCAUAUGGUGGAAAGGAGGUAGCUGUCAAAAUCCAGCGCCCCUCUAUUGAAGCCAAGCUUAUGGGAGACAUCAAGAAUUUGCUUGCGAUUUCCAAGGCUUUUCGCAACAACCCCAACCUUCCUCUGGACUACUACACGAUCUUUAGUGAGCUGGAAAAGCAGUUGGAGAAUGAGUUUGACUUCAUGCUGGAAGCAGAGUCAAUGGAACGUAUUUACAAGUCUCUUAUCAUUGGUCCUGAUGGAUCACCACGAGACAUACCGUUAGUGAUGCCCCUUCCUGUGGAAGGAUUAGUAACCAAGCGAGUCUUGGUCAUGGACUACUUGGAGGGAACGCCUCUGACAAGAGCUACAGAAAAGAUGAAGGAAAAGGGCAUCAAGCCAGAUUCCCCCGAGGCCAAGCUGUUUGCAACCAGACUGCUCAAUGCUCUCACUACCGUCUUUGGCCGCAACAUCUUGGAAGCAGGCUACUUCCAUGCAGACCCCCACCCUGGGAAUAUCUUUAUCCUUGACGAUGGAAGGAUUGGACUGAUCGACUUUGGUCAGGUCAAGGAGAUCUCCAAUGAAUACCGUGAUACCCUGAACAAGAUGAUGAUUGCUCUGGAUGAUCGCCGCAACGAUGGGCUUGAAGGCAGUACUGGUAUCAAUGAUGAACGGGUGCGAGACCUGACACUGGAGUUGGGAAUCGAGCUUAAGGCUACUGCUCCAGAUGUUGCUGCCACAGCCAUGGGCAUUUGGCUCUUUGAUGGCAGCAGUGACUUGCCAGGAGGCUACGAAAAGGGAGAAUUGAGUGAGAAAUCACCCAGCAAGGCACUGAAGACCUUCCCCCAGGAGUUGGUACUGGUAGCUCGGUCAUCCAUGCUCAUCAAGGGCUUUGCUAACCGCUUUGGAAUUCCAUGGAGCUUGGCCAAAGAAUGGGCUCCCGUGGCUCGGCAGAUGUUGGGUGAAAGUGAGGUCACAAUGGCAGCCCCUCAGAAGCGAGGACGGAUGGGACGCAUGUGGGGCUUUGUGAAGAAGUUUACCAAGGGGCGAACUGCCAGGUUGGCCCAGAGACUGCCAGCUCCAAUGCGCCGCGGUGUCGCAUCUUUGGCUUUGAAAUUCCAGUGAUUUGUUUGCCAACGCAAUGAUGCUUCCUCGUUUGAUGUGAUAAAAACGUGAUAGUCUUUUAAUGUUUCUAGUGAAAGUGAUAUAUUG